AUGGCGGUUGCAUGCAACACAGAUGCGGCGUGGGAUAAAGACAGAAAGAAAGCUGGACUAGCGUGGACUCUCUCUGGCUCCUCCCUUCCAAUCGCGAUGAAAGGCACUCUUGUGAAGGAUUUCAUUGGAUUACCUCUUGUGGCGGAAGCCCUGGCGGUGAGAGAAGCUCUAUCAAAGGCAGUAGAACUCGAGAUCUCCGAUCUCAAAGUCUACACCGACUGCACAACGCUCCUUGGAGCAAUCAACGGUUUAUCGCAGAGAAAAGAGAUUAUUGGUAUCGUCUCCGACAUCAGACCAAUCUCUACUGCUUUCGCCUCUAUCUUCUUCUUUCAUGUUCCAAGAUCGAAAAACAUUAUCUACGAUCAGUUAGCUAAGGCAUCUCUUCGAUUGUCUGUAAUGAAUACGGGCUAG